AUGGCCGCCAUUCGAAAGAAACUUGUCAUUGUUGGUGAUGGUGCUUGUGGUAAAACGUGUUUGCUGAUUGUAUUUAGCAAAGAUCAGUUCCCAGAUGUUUAUGUUCCAACAGUUUUUGAAAAUUAUGUGGCUGAUAUCGAAGUCGAUGGGAAACAAGUUGAAUUGGCAUUGUGGGAUACAGCUGGACAGGAAGAUUAUGAUCGGUUACGGCCAUUGAGCUAUCCUGACACUGAUGUCAUACUGAUGUGCUUUAGUAUCGAUUCUCCUGAUUCGCUUGAAAACAUUCCAGAAAAGUGGACACCAGAAGUUAGACAUUUCUGUCCAAAUGUGCCGAUAAUAUUAGUUGGGAAUAAAAAGGAUCUACGGAAUGAUCCACAAACAAUUCGUGAACUUGCGAAAAUGAAGCAGGAGCCGGUUCGUCCAGAGCAGGGACGUACAAUAGCUGAGCAGAUCGGCGCGUUUGCAUAUCUUGAAUGUUCAGCUAAAGCAAAAGAUGGUAUUCGUGAAGUUUUUGAAAAAGCAACACAAGCAGCUCUACAACAGAAAAAGAAGAAAAAAAGCAAGUGUGACUUAUUAUAA